GCGGCCCAUCGCAUUCCGUGGCCAGUCGCAGCGCGAGACGGUUAGCCAGUUCGGACCGAUUAAUUCCCAAUACCCGCUCUUGGCAAAACUAAGAACUACAAAUUAGAAGUAAAGCAGGAAGGAAAUAUCCUUCGUGUCCCCUACACAAAUACAGGUCAAUUUUUUUCCCGUGUUUCUUGCUCAUUUGCCGCAAGGUGUGAGUUGUGUGUGUUGGCUUGGCUUACGUGAUUGAAAUCGAGACAGCCAGGACAUCAUGAUUGUCAACAUGCCCGUCAAUGGAACGGGCAGUGCAUCCAGCCCCACAACGAAUCCCAACAGCAACAGCAACAACAACAACAACAAUAGCAGUACAAACAAUCAAAAUGAUAGCAAUAGUAAUCUGCCCGGCGAUUACAACUUCCUGAAGCGCAAGUUCGACGAUCAGGAGGAGCUGGCUUUGGGCCACGACUACGAGCCCAUCGAGGCGAAUCCCUGGAAGAAGCGACACUUGGACUACGAUGCCGGGGAUCUGCACUUCCACCUGCAGCUGGAACAGCCGCCCAGUAAUCCGCCAGCCAAUGCUGCACCCGCCCAAUCCACGACGUCCUUCAUCAACGAUCUCUUUGCCUAUGAUAGCAGUCUUCUGGUGCCCGCCGCCGCCUAUUCGCACUGUCCGCCAUCGAGUGCGCCUUUGGAGGACAAUGGUGGUUGGACCGGUGGCGAGCUUCUGGAGCUGGAUCAUCGCUAUAACUCUGGCUUGCAGGCGGAGCUGACCCAACUGAAUGCCACGCUGCCGCCGCCACCGCCAACAUCAUCAUCAUCAUCAUCAUCAGCAUCAGCACACAAUGCAUCGAACCAUACGCAGCAGUCCACACAGCAGAAUGCCAGCCCAGGACAGAAUCCUCACCAGAAUCAACAUUUUCUGGUGCCGCAGAAGCAGCGGACACUGUCGGCGGGCCGACGCACCUCAUCCGGCUCGGGCAGUGGGGCGAAUGAAGCCACCGAGGCGGACUUCGAGGAUAAGAAUCUCUCAUGGCUGCUCAACUUUAAGUUCGACGAGUUUCCGCACCUAUCGCCGCACAAUCAGGUACACGGCCAGGCGGUCAAUCUGCCGGAGGGCAGUGCUCCCCCACAUCCGCCACCGACGGCAGUGGCGGUCAGCACAUCGCCCUGCAGUUCCACCUCGCCCUCAUCUGCCUCCGCCGCAUCCGCAUCUGCAUCCGCCACGAGCACAAAUCAAUCCCUCGGAUCGGGUAUGCUGGAUCAACGGGCCAGAUCGCCCAAGAGCUGCUCCAGUGCAGCGAUGACAGCGGGCGGAGGAGGAUGCAGCGGUUCUACUGGCGCUUCAGCAGCUGGGGGCGUGGCCGGCGUGGGCUCCACCAAGACGGGGCGCAAGUUCGAGGAGCUGGUGAUGGAGGUCACCUCGGAGCUGGACGGUAACGACAUGAUCGUUGCCGAGCACGUUGUCGUCGAGGAUACAUCGUCCAAGACCAGGCCAAAGAAACCACCGUUCACCUACACGGAGCUCAUCGAAUACGCCCUCGAGGAUAAGGGUGAGCUGACUGUGUCGGGCAUAUACCAAUGGAUAUCCGAUCGUUUCCCCUACUACAAAUCCAAUGAUGACCGCUGGAAGAACUCCGUUCGACAUAAUCUAUCGAUUAACCCACAUUUUCGGAAGGGAGUUAAGGCGCCCCAAGGAGCCGGUCACCUGUGGGCCAUUUCCAGCGGAGAUUCCGCAGAGAAUGUUCUCGCCUGGGAACAUAAGAAGCAGCGGCUGGAUUUGUUCUUCAAAAUGGAGUCGAUCAAUCGGGAGCGCAUACAGCUGCAUCAGCAACAGCAGCAACUGCAGCAGCAUCAGCAGCAGCACCAGCAGCAGCACUCGCCGCAGCAGCAGCAGCAACAGCAACAGCAUCCGGCGGCACAACAGCAACAUGUGGCACAGGCCAGUAGUUGCAUGUACGAUGAGGCGGCAGUGGCAGCGGCUACGCUCACCCAGGAAAUGAUGCAAACGUCCAGUGGCAGCAGCACUGAGGUCAACCAGCAGCAGCAACAGCAGCAGCACCACCACCACAGCCACCAGAAUCACCACAAUCACAAUCAUCACCACCAAAGACUGCUGCCCUUCAACGAUCUGCUGAGCGAUGAUGAGCUGCGAAAGACGGCGGGUCAAAUACUGAAUGGAAUCCAUCGCGAGGUGGAGGUGCAGUCGGUCAACUCCAUCAUCAGCACCUACCACGAUGUCCUGUUGGAUAAUGACUAUUUGAAUCCCAUACACAAGGACGUGGUGGUAACGGAAAGUGUCCUACGGCAGCAACAUGGCAGCAACUUGGGCGGCGGCAGUAACAACCAAAUGGGCGGCAAUAGCCACAUGGGGAGCGGCAACUCGCAGUACUACAUCACCGAAAUUGAUCCCAUGGAGCUCGGCAUUCACAUGUCGCACCAGGUGGAACCCUCCGAGGAGGAGGUGCUCUUCAGCGACGAGUUCAACUUGAACUACUUUGGCUAUAAUCCCGGUAGCGACAUCGUCGCUUGACCGCGCAGACAACAGACUCCAGUUUCAGCUCCUCCAGCUCCCGCUCAGCCAAGCAAUUGAAUUAUGAAUAUAUGCAUACUUCUAUAUGUAUAUAUUGCUCGAUCCUGCUCCAUGCCAUGACAACAAUCGUAAUUGUAGCCGAUCUACUCAUAAGCCAACUCUAAACAAAUACUAGUCACACUUGAACAACACUUACAUGUAACCACCUAAAUCAAAACCUACUUACCGUUUACCAUUUAGACCCUAUGUAUAGUCUAGUCUUCAGUGUACCAAUAACACCCCAAUUACCCCUUAUUUUUUUGUCUAUACUUUAGUUGAAUACUUAGGCCAUAAGUAGCUUUCUAGCUCUAAGUACUUAUUCGUAUAACUGCUCAUGUAUCUAUCUGCAGAGAUUACAUACUUAGCUCCUGCUCCUCUUCGAAUUUAGUUAAGUGUUUUUACAUGUAGCCGAAUAUCCGUAAAUAAUACCAGGCAGAAUGAUCUCCUCUCCACAUACAUAUAUGUUAACAAAAAUUGGAGCAAUAGAGCAGAAGAAGUAGUACUAAUCCUAUGAGGUGGGGAAAGUGUUUAUGGUUUCCCUUACCGAAGUCCGUAGAACUAAUGGCACCUAACUGGUUUUAUUCAUU